AUGGGAAAUUGCUGUAGACGAGGCUCGUCCUCGGCGGUGUGGGCUGGUGACGACUGGGGUUCGGUGGGACAAGAACUGAAGAGAGCUCGGAAUCAUAACACCAUCAUAGAAAGGCAGAGGCUACUAGGCGAAGAGAUGGGAGCUCGGGAGGUGACCGUCAAGAUUACGAAGAGGGAACUGGAAGCGUUAAUGGAAAGAGUUGAGAUGCAGGGCUUGUCCAUGGAACAAGUUCUUGUUAAGUUGAUAAACUCUGGUGAUAAUUUUGAAAUACUGGAGUUUGAGGAUCAUCAACACCAUCAUCAUCAUAGAUCUUGGAAGCCAGCACUUCAGAGUAUUCCAGAGGUGAAUUAG